CGAAUAAUAAUCACAUCUAGUGAAAAUAAAGAAGAUAAUAAUGUCGUCGAAGGUGGUAACAACUCUUUUUUUGUUGAGUCUUCUUCUCUUAUUCACAGUUAAUACCUGUUUGGCUAGGCCUGCUCCAUUAUCAGCUUUCAUUUCCAACUCUGAUACUACUCUUAUUCCCACUAAACAUCUUGGCCAUAAGGUCAUUAAUAAUGAAGCAGAGCAUGAGGAGGAAAUUAGUUGUGAGGGAGUUGAGGAAGAAGAGUGCUUAAUGAGAAGAACACUUGCAGCUCAUACUGAUUAUAUCUACACACAGAAGCAAAAUCCCUAGAUUAUAUAAAUUUAUUGACUAUUUUAUAUCAAUAUAGAUAUAUAUUAAUUGUUAUAUUAUAUAAGCUAAAUCUUUUUUCUUUUUCUUUCUUUGCUGGAACUAUAUAUCUAGCUAAAUGUCUCCAAAUUACAUAUUUUCUC